CCGCCAUGUAUUCAGAGCCAGAAGUCGGUUGGUCCAUCAGAUGUACACACAUACACACACGCAUACGCCAGCCACACCAGCCAUGACGAAGGCAGACAUACGCAGAAACGCCGUGAGUCCUUCCCCUGCCUCCUCUUAUCGAUUAAUCGUAUUCUUUCUUUGUCAGUUCAUACUCUGAUCGUAUGACCCUUCAGAUCUGCCCGGACCCGCAUGCCCUGACGGGUCAUGGCAUCAUAUGUGAAGCUGAUGAUGGUGAAGUCGCCCACUCGCAUGCCGUUUGGGAGCAGCUGUCGAAUGGCAUCGAGAAGCUCGCCAGACCGAUUUGCGCCAGACCAUCCCGGCAGAUCCAGCGUCACACAGCCCAGGCCACGCACGCCGGCGUUGAGCAGAGACGUGAGGCCGCGGCGAAUGCGCUCGGCAGCGUCAAAGGGCUCCAAGCCGUCGGGCACUGAAUGGAGGAAGACACAGACACAAGGCGGAUGCACACACACACAAGGUGGACAGACAAGCACCUUCCUGAGCUCACUGCCUUGUCGGCAUACCUGAGAGGUACAUUUGUAGAGUGCCAAUCGCUGGCACGUUCGCUGGCAGGCUACUCGACCCCCAUCCGUCAAAGGCGCCGCUCUGGGUGACACUGACCUGAUCCCCGCCGAGUGAGCCACCGACCUGGACACGGUGCACCUCCCUCCCCGCCCCCAGCGCCUCCAGCACCCCCACCAUCUCCUGUCGGCCGAUACCGCUACUGAACUUCACUCUGCCCACCUCCCUGGGCAU